GUGACGUAGUGCAGAUGAUGUUCAACACAAAAUUUUAGAAUGGCUGACUUUUUGAAGGGUUUGCCCUCCUACAAUCAGGACAACUUUACCAAAUAUCAUUCUGACAACAGCUGCAAAAGCAGUGUCAGGAAACCAUCUGUAUAUAUUUCCACAAAGGAUUAUCCCUCAGAGCAAGUGAUAACAACAGAAAAAACUAACAUUUUACUGAGAUAUUUGCACCAACAAUGGGACAAAAAGAAUUCCAACAAAAAGAGGGACUCAUCACGGGCUGACUUGGACAGUUCGGAAGGAUCACAGACAAACAAGUUAAGGAGACUAAAUUGUGGCGAUGACCAAGUCUCUUAGUUGAUAUCAGAUUCAUCUAGGAAACUUUGAUGUUGUGAAAAACUUUUGAGAUGACACACUCUGCAUUUUGUUCUAUAUUUUGCUCAGAAGGAACAAAAUCAGUCAAGGUGGAUAAAGACGUAGCAUAAAAAUGUCGUGUCAUUUUGAGUUAAAUCGCAAAAGUAUGGACUGUUAGUGACUGAAGACUUUUAGUACAUUUCAGGAUGUGGGUUGACAUCAUUGUUCAUACUACUCCUCAUGCUGUGGAACUAAAAAAUAGCUUGUUGAUUACACCCAAGAAGUGUAUUAAUAUCUUUGUAGGCUUCAAUGUCUCCUAGCAUUGGUUUUUUUUACUACAGGUAUUUCUAACUUGUACACUCGCAAUGGAAUAUAAUCCGUUUUGGCAGUUUUUCACCAAAACCUUCCAAACAGUUUCUGUUUGAUUGACUUAAAGAUCUGAAUGAUCGUUGUCUUUAAAGUUUUCUCAGCAUGCGAUACACGGAACAGAUCACAUCUCCUAUGGUGCUGAGCUGCAGCUGACAGAUCAAUCAAUGAUGAGAAUAUGCUGCUUAAAUCUUGAUGUUGACUGUGACUUGUAGCUCUAUACUGCAACAACAGUUGUUCACCGAAUAAGGUUACAAACUGGUUUAACCUUAUGGGUCUAAACUUGAUGGGAGGACGUUGUUCUUGAAUUGAUAUUGGGGGCCUUUACUUUUUCUUGUGUGAAUUUGGGAGUGGGAAACUUAAAAUAUUCACUUUAUGUACAAUCAAUCGAUCAAUAUUGACAUUUGUAAAGCGCUCUAGUUACUCAGCAGGUGGAUAUUCUAGAGCGCGAUUUUGGGCGUAUCCAUGGCAGAGUUGGCCAGUUUGUGUAUUUGUGAAGCAUAGUCUUGCAUAUUGUAUAUCCCUACUUGUAAAUGAUUCUCUGUAUGUAAAAUUUACAGUAAGUGUUGUUGGUUAAGGCAGUUGCUUGUAUUUUCUGUGUUAUAUAAUAUUGCAAGAACUUGUACAGUGUAUAGAAAUUGAACAUUGAAUGGCCGAAUGUAUCCUAAAUCCCGUGACAAUGUGUUCCUGUACACAUGGAACAGUGAACAUUCAUUUCAACAAGCCAUUACGAAUAAAGUUGAUUCAGCACUUAGAUAUAUCCUUUGAAAGUCUGUCAAAUGAUGAAUGGUCUUUACCUAUAGAGUAAGAGAAAGUAUGUCUGUAAUGAGAGCCUGUAAAAUGGUGGGACUAAAAGAUUGUUGAAGUUUGAACUGAUUGGAGCUUAUGAAUGAUAACUUAGCAGCUUCAGUUUGCAUGAUAGCCAGCAUCAUGUGAAUGAUCAUUUGCUUUGCACUGAUGGCUGUCGCCUACUUGUUGGCAAGGUGCUGUUCACAUCGUAGAACUUGCUACAAACUGACUAAUUAUCCUUCUCAAUGUGUCACUGGUGUAUGCCCAUGUAUUGGCAUGUGACUUGGUUAUAUUACUCCAGGAUAUUACUCCCAAUUGAGAUGAAGCUAAAAUAACCUGUCAUGAUCCUUACAAAAAUGCUUCCUUUCUUUGCUGACACUGGCCUCGUACCUCAGUUGUAAAACUAUUGGUUCAUUUAUUUCGAUUUGAUUGAUUUCAUGGAUGCAUUCUGAACCACACUUACAAGCAUACAUGUACAAUACAAGACAUACUUUCCACUAUUGACAGAUUUAAGCGAAUCUCCUGUCAAUCUGUGGCCAGUCAACAUUACAGCUAUCACCUGGACAGAGGCCUUAGAAGACAUGCUCAUCAAUUUAUAAAGUCACUGGAGUGACGACACUGUAAUGUUUAAUUGGCAUUCAAUGUAUGACUGUGUCUAUGUUUAUGGUAAAUAGUCAAUUUUGAAUGUUUAGUACAGUCUUUGUCAAAAGUACUUUCCUUCCUUUUCAAGGUGGCUUAAGUUUCCAAGGACGGUUUCCAAAAAAGGAAGCUUAAAUGCUCACAGUUGAUAAACAUGCAUUCUUAAUCAAAUGAUGAUAAUGAAUAGGCUUCCUACCUUUGACAAAGAUUGCACUGUGGUGCAUGUCAUUAUUGAGUUAUCCAUUGUUCAGUUUGUUAAUAUUUAAUAAAGAGAAAAUACUCUAAA